UACGAAUGGACAAUGUUGGGGAUCGAAAUCGCAAUUGCCUUAAUUGCAGUCAUAGGAAAUGGACUUGUAAUAAUGGUUGUCAUUAAAACGAGGAAGAUGCAUACCCCGACGUAUUGUUUACUCAGCAACUUGGCCCUGGCUGACCUGCUGACGGGAGCUGUAGGCUUGAACUUACAAAUGAUCGCGCAGUAUGACAGGAAGUACCAGCUAUGUGUUCCCGCAUAUUUACUGCUGACGUUUUUUCUGUUGUUAUCCCAAGGUACAGUUUUCCUCAUAGCGCUUGAACGUUACAUUGCUAUCCUACAUCCGUUCAAGUACCAGCGUUUGAUUAGUAUGAGAAAUGUGAUCAUUUCGCUUGUCGGGAUGUAUAUCUGGGCCACCUUGAUUAUUCUCUACACGCCCAUCCAUCACUUGAACCAUCCAAACCAUCCAGUUACGCUGUGUCGCUACCCCCAUGUCAUCCCGCUUGCUCAGGGACUCACGACGUUCAUCACUGUCAUGGUACUAUCAUUUGUUGUUGCUGUGCUGUACCUAAGAAUCCUGGGGGUGGCGCGUUACCAAGCACAGAAGAUAGAACAGCAACGACUGUCAGCAUCAUUCAUAGAAAAUCCAAAUAAUCAGAGAGUCAGGCGGCAUAUGAAACGUCAGACAAAAACGACAAUAUUUUUAUCAUUCAUCGCAUUUUAUCUCUUCAUAUCAUGGAUUCCUAACCUGUUAUUAUAUACUUUAGACUAUUAUGGCGUGGCCAUCAACAAACUGAUGCUCGUAGUGAGUGUCUUCUUAGGAAUGAGUAACUCUGCAAUUAACCCUAUAAUAUAUAGCCUGGGGUAUGCUGACUUCAGACAAACUAUCAUGAGGGUAUAUUGCAGCAAAAGGACCAGUUUCAAUGCCUCCAUGAACCCUAGUGUAACAGCCUCAAACAAUGGCAUUGCUAUGAAAACCAUUAAAUAUUGAACACAAUAAAUAAACACAUGUACAAGUAUGUAAAAAAAAAUGUAAGUUUAUAUUUUGGAAUAUCAUUGUGAACAGGGGCUUCAUUUGUUUUGUUUUUCUGUGUUUACCCAUAUAUAUUGUUUGACUAACGUUUUAAAGAAUUUUAUAACUUUCAACAUAGAGAAUAAUAUUACUGAUAAUAUUGCCUGUUGUUUUUAUUCCAGUCUGGUGUCGUGGGUUCUUAUUAAACCUUUGUUUAUAUAUAUAUAUCUUUUAUUGACUCUUUAAAUGUCAUAUCAUGACAUAUUAGUCACUAAGGUAGAGCAGUUCUUCCCAUUGUCGAGUUGAAGA